AUGAACUCCAACAACUUCCGGGACGACUCCUUGGGCUCAGUGAAGCUGGACACGCGGUCCCUGGAGCCCAACCAAUGGCACCACUACCGCCUGAAGCUGGAGGAGGGUCAGGGAGGAGAGCUAGAAUUUGACGCCUACCUGAAGCCCGCUCAGCCCUGCAAGCCGCUGAGCCGGAAGGAUGAGCUCAUCGGUCAGGCGGAGGUGAGCAUGGAGAAGUUCUAUCCGCACGGCUUUGAGGGUGCGCUGCCCCUGCAGUUGAACGACAAGCCCACGGAGGGCCUGGUCCACGUCUUCAUCGAGGUGGAGCCCAAGGGCGUGAAGCUGAAGAGUGGGCACCGACGUGCAUCAUCCCAGAUGAGCAUCGCGAGCGUUGGGAGUCUGCCGAGCCGCACGCCCAGCGCCAGUGCUGUGGCUCGUGCGCGGUCGCAGGCAAGCGCAGGCCAGGCAAGCGUCUCUGAAAGGCCUGCGCCUGGCUCCCUCGGCGAGGCCGAGAAGAGUGUGCUGCAAAUCCGCAUCAACGAGGCGAUGAACCUUACCAACCGCGACAGCGGCCUCUUUGGCGACGUGUCAGACCCCUACGUGGUGGUGCGGGCUGCGGGUGUGGAGCAGAAGACGCCGACCAUCAACAACAACCUGAACCCGGUUUGGGAGGGCGACAACCUUUUCAGCUUCAACAUCGGAGCCGAGGAUCACAAGGUGGAGUUCGAGGCAUGCUGUCGUGAGCCGUGA